GCACUGCAACAUGGUGCUGGAGAACGUGAAGGAGAUGUGGACGGAGGUGCCCAAGAGUGGGAAGGGCAAGAAGAAGUCGAAGCCUGUGAACAAGGAUCGAUACAUCUCCAAGAUGUUCCUGCGCGGAGACUCCGUCAUCGUCGUCCUGCGCAACCC